AUGUUCUCUCGUUGCGUUCUGAGGGCCGCGGUUGAGACGCCGUAUCGCCAGGGGACGUUCUCAAUUCAAGCCUCGGCUUCGAAGCUACGUGCAGCAUCUUUGAGGCCUACCGCGGCCGUUAGCGAGGGCAGACGGUUUAUAUCUGUCUACGGGUAUACUCAAGCAAAGGCGCUGGUUUAUUCGAACUAUGGAGAACCAAAGGACGUGCUGAGCCUUCAUAAACACUCCAUAUCGCCUCCCCAUGGCACGCAAGUGACGCUUCGUCUCCUCGCUGCGCCUUUAAACCCCGCAGACAUCAACCAGAUCCAGGGCGUGUACCCGAGCAAACCUCCGUUUACAUCAACCCUCGGAACGGCCGAACCGUCCGCCGUAGGUGGCAAUGAGGGCGCGUUUGAAGUGGUUUCGACCGGGUCUGGCGUCAAGAAUCUCACCAAAGGCGAUUGGGUAAUCAUGAAGCAUACGGGUCAGGGAACCUGGCGCACACAUGCGCAGCUGGACGAGUCGCAGCUGAUCAAGAUCGAGGACAAGGAGGGCUUGACUCCGCUGCAGGUGGGCACCGUCAGCGUGAACCCCGUCACGGCGUACCGAAUGAUGAAGGAUUUCUGCGACUGGGACUGGAUGCGUACAGGGGAGGAAUGGAUGAUUCAGAAUGGGGCGAACAGCGGCGUCGGGCGCGCGGCCAUCCAGCUCGGCAAGGAAUGGGGCAUUAAAACGCUGAACGUGGUUCGGGAGCGCAAGACGCCUGAGGAGACAGAGGCUCUCAAGAAGGACUUGUAUGAGCUGGGUGCCACCGCGGUGGUGACAGAGGCGGAUCUCCUCUCGGGCUCCUUCCGUGACAUCGUCAAGGAACACACCCGCAACGGCAAGGAGCCGAUCCGCCUGGCCCUUAACUGCGUGGGCGGCAAGAGUGCUACCGCCCUAGCCAAGGCCCUCGCCCCAGGUUCGCACAUGGUUACCUAUGGUGCUAUGUCUAAGCAGCCCGUCGCGUUGCCGUCUGGUCUGUUAAUCUUCAAGAAUCUCGUCUUCGACGGUUUCUGGGUCAGCAAGUGGGGGGACAAGAACCCGGGCCAGAAGGAAGAGACCAUAAAGGAUGUUCUGCGCAUGACUCGCGCAGGCCGGUUCAAGGACAUCCCAGUCGACGAGUUCAAGUGGAAGUGGGAUACAGAAGAGUCCCAGAUCAGAGAGGCCGUACAAGGCACCCUCGGUGGUUUCCGCAGCGGAAAGGGUGUUUUGGUCUUUGAAGGAGACGAGUAA